UCCAAGUCUUAAGCUCAAAAACAGUCUUGCCUGGGGCCCUUGGCUACUUUUGGUCGGAUACUUCAAGCGUUUAAGGAUUCACAGCAAUAAGUCAAGCCAUAUAAUAACCUUCCUCGUCGCUCUUCCGUUUGCAUUUGUCACCCGGCGUAGCUUCAUCUUCGAAGCAACAAAUCCAAGUUAGAAAACAAGGAAUAGAGGGUAGAGAAAGAGAGGCAUGGUAGAUCUCUUCAUAUGGCUUUCUUCUUUCUUCAUCCUCGUUGCCCUCCUCGUUAUCCUCGUAUUUCAGCUCAUAUGCUUGGCUGAUUUAGAGUUCGAUUACAUCAAUCCUUAUGACUCUUCAUCGAGGAUAAACAAAGUGGUAUUGCCUGAAUUUAUCCUCCAAGGAUUUUUAUGCUUGUUCUAUCUACUAACGGGGCAUUGGGUUAUGUCACUGUUAUGUGCUCCAUAUUUAUACUACAAUGUGACACUUUACACUCGGAAACAACACCUGGUAGAUGUUACAGAGAUAUUCAACUUGCUUCAUUGGGAAAAGAAGCAACGCAUUUGUAAACUAGUCUACGUCGUCGUUCUCAUAUUCUUCGCCAUAUUCUGGAUGAUCUACACUGCAUUAGAAGAUGUCGAUGAUUAACCGAAGAUGGGGACGGCUUUUGGUUCUGUUGUAACUGAUACAU